GCUGCUUUUCUAUCAGAUGUAAAAUGGACGGGCGGUCGUGUCGUUGCGCGCUCGCGUAUUCCGCGUGUUCGUUGUAAAGUCGAUGUUUAUUGUUUUAAAAUUUUGACGUGAAUACGAAUAUUGUUUACGCGAUUGUUCGACUGCUUCGGUGUUCGGUUGCCGGAGCAGAUUGUGUUAGUGCAUGUGUUUUUUGUAUGACGUUAGCGUUCAGUUCACUUGCAGUGAUUUCGUUGAUAGCUCACUCACCGGUGGGUGCGCGCGUGAUAAACUACGUGUUCGGUUUAAAAAAAUAGGCGAAAAAAUCGUCUAGUGUGGUGUUUUACAGUACCAACAUGCUGUGUAAGGUGACAUAGUGAACGUUGUACUGACCCUGACCUCUGGCAAUCAUGUCUGGGCGAUCGGAUUGCAGGAAAUUUGCACCUAACAUCUUCAAUAAGAGCAAGUGCACUAAUUGCUUCCGCCAAAAGGAGGAGCACAGUGCUGAAGCAUUGGAAUCUAAUCGGGCGAGUCGAAAGAUAUCAAAAUGCGGGUAUCUGUUCGUGGCGCCGGGCUGGGACUUCUCCAAUCCGCUCUACAGAACAAAGAGAUGGCAGCGGCGGUGGUUCGUGCUGUAUGAUGAUGGAGAGCUCACGUACUCCUUGGACGAACAUCCGGACACAGUCCCCCAAGCCAGCGUGGACAUGACGACGGUGGUGGAAGUGAGCGAGGCAGAUUCCGUGACUGGGCACCCUCACAGCCUGGCCAUCACGGCGCCUGAGCGUGUCACCUUCGUCAAGGGCACCUGCCGCGAGGAAGCCAGAUGGUGGGCGGACGUGCUGAGCGUCUAUCCACGGAGCAAGGGUCGACACAAACGCAACGCGACGUUCCCUGGCGGUCAAACGGGGAGUCUGCUUCAAUCGUCAACAACGAGAAAAUACUCAGCUGACGCGUCAACCCUCCGCGACGUGGCGGACGGGUGUGGGGUACGAGCGCGCUGCUGCCCCGGGACCACCACUUGGCCGGGCCCACGGGUGCAGCCGCCGCAGCCCGAGAUACCCAGCCUGGCGGCACCAGCCACCGUUGACACCAAAGUGUACACAGACCAGCCAGUGUCUUCGGCAUCACCGCCCACCCGGGACAAGAUCAAUGGCGAGGAGAAGGCCCGGUCCCGCCGUCGGGACACCUGGGCCGAGCCCACCACCACGCCGGCUGCUGAUGACGCGAGCGUAGUCCGCUCCCCACUGCUGCAUCAGCACCCGCAGUACGACGAGCAGUUGCGCGACAUCGCCGCGUCGCUCACAAGGCCGCGCUCGCGCCGCGCACUACCCCCCACGCUUGAGCGACCCACCAGGCUUCCUCCCGAGCGACUACCGGCUCGAGGAUCUCCAGACGGCGGCGCACCACCAGAAGAGGGCGCCUCUAGCUCAGCAAGCGAGGGCAGCGAGCCAGCAGACGCUGUUGAAGCCACGGAAACCAACGAAGUUGGCCGAGUGGAACUGCCAGCGGAACGACUACUCCACGCCAGGGCCGGGUGGCUGCAAAGAAGAGGAGCUGGUGGCUGGUCCCGUCACUGGUUCGUGCUCAGAGGAGCAGCUUUACUGUACUUCAGAGAUCCUCACGCUGAACACAGAGGAUUGAUGGACGGAGUCAUCGAUCUUAGUGGAGUAGCCAGAGUAGUCGAGCUGCCGACAUCUGCGUCUACGAAUGGAUACGCCUUUGAGACUGAGACUUGGGAUGGCAAACACAUAGUCCUAGCAGCGGUAACGGCCGGUAUCAGAGCCAACUGGGUAUCAGCCAUUCGAAGAACCGCUGGACUACCAGACUCCGGACCUCUGUCACUAAUUCUUCGCGAAGACACGGUCGACCAAACAUCAGAAUCAUCAGCAUCACCAGUCACUCCGGUGACGCCAAUCACUGGAAGAUCAGCGCCAUUUUCAUCUGAUGAAGAGUAUAGAACUGCGUCUGAAGGUGGCCGGCGAGAUAGUGCUGAUUGGGGAGACGUGGCUCCACAACCGCCUCCAUCCCCGAUCCUCAGCCGUACUCCUAUAUCCAAAGUCAAAGAAAAAGUUCGCGCCAGAGGUUGCCAUCAAAUGCCACCUCGAAGCGACCUGCCAAAGGAUAAGGACGAAGUUGACGCCACCAAAGAAAAAGAACGCCCGACUGAAGAAGUCGAUGAAAACGAGAAACCCAACGAACCACGAAAACGCAGCUACAUAUCAACCAUCGACAAGCAGUCCAUUGAAAUCGAUGACUUACGUAAGCAACUGAAACUUGCGCUGAGCGAUGUCAACGCUGCUGAAUCAGAACUUGCAAGAUUACGCAAGCUAAAGUCAGAAGCAGCGUUGAGAGAGAAAAAGAUGGAAGAAUUAGUCACAACCUUGCAAAAGAAAGAGGAUGAACUUUCAGUCAGAACUAAAGAAGCAGAAAACUUAGUUGCUAUCAAACAGUUAUACAAUCAAGAUAAAACUAUGUGGGAAACUAAGUUAACUGAGACACAGAACUUCUUAAAGGAGUCGACAGAGCAUUGCGAACUGUUGACCAGACAACUAACAUCAGCGCAAGAAACUAUCAAACAGUUGCAACGAGAACUAAACGAACUUAACGAAAAACUACUAAAGAGUGUUAAAGAAAACGACAAUCUGUACUCGAGGAUACGAGAACUUGAAGGCAGAGUCGUUGCAGAGUCACCUACAAGAGAAAAAAGGAAAAGCAUUGGUUCUCUCAGUGAUCUAACUAAUAUAAACCAAGACUUAAAUCUUGAAGGUUUGGAGAAGAGUAGACUUAUCGAAGAAUAUGUCAAUUUAAGAGGAAGGUUCCUUAAAGCGAUUCAAGAAAUCAAGGCUAUGAAGAAGGAACUCAGGGAGUCUCACAAUAUGUACGACGAACUUGAAAUAACAAAUAUGAAAUUAAGGAAUGAGAUGAAACUGAGGGAACAAUGUAGUAGGUCAGAAAUCGAUCUAAUGGCGGCUCGUAUCCUUGACUUAACACAGAAGUUAACAGCAUCAGAUAAACAAGUGAGAACAUUGAAACAUAAAAUCCAAAAAUCUGAAUCAAGAGAAAAGAGGCGCAGUCUUUCGCUAAAAGGAAGGGAGUCUUUCACUCUUAGUAAAGAAGUGGAAGAGAAACUGACGGAACUUGAAAACAAAAUAACGAUGCUGGAGACUGGGGAGCCCGUCCCUACAAUCAACUCGCCUUCUAAGAGUGCCUCACCUGCCAAAGAAAAAGCAACCAAAACAGACACUCUUUCAGAUGAGAAACGAAUGAAAAGAUUAGCUGCACGACUCAGAAGAAAGUCAUUAGAUAGCGCAACAAGUUCAGAGCCGAUGAAGAUGCUGGUAAGAUUGAGUUCGCUAGAAACCAAAGUAGCUUCCGCCUUAGAGAAUCGUCGAGAUCUCACAAACUCCUGUGAGUCUUUAAGUCAAGCAACGAGGUCGUCUGAUAGUCCAAUCUUCAAUGACAGUCCAGAAGGCUCAAGCUCCAGCAUCGGUACACAAUCACAGAGGCACCUCUUAGACAGACUGCAAAGUUUGGAAAGUGUAGUGAUACAUUCAAGAAAUAAGGUGAAUGAGUGUCUCUGUCAAAUGAGCGCUAUGAGGGCAGCUAAGACAAGGAGGUCGCCGUCGCCUAGUCUUGAAAAAAAAUACAGCAUCAGAUCAAUGGAGAAAUGCCUUACAGAUGUCAGCAAAAGGCUGCAGGACUGCUUUGACAAAUGUGUGGUUGACUGUGACCAAGUACAUGAUUUGGAAGUCAACGACAGCGUUGCACAAGUAGUCGUGCAAUUGGAAGAGCAACUGCGAACAAAACUUCUAGAAAUAUCUAGAAGGAAGGCAGCGCUAUAUGAGGCUGGAGAACUAACACAGAGAAAGAGCCUAGAAAUUCUGGCAGAAAAAUUGGCGUAUGAGGCAGUCCUGAUCAGCAGGAUUCAAGAGGCUUUAGAAUCGUCCAACGGGAGUCGAUUCUUCGCUAGGUUAAUAAAGUCUGAAAUAAUCGAAACUAGUCAAUUAAUCGAUAACCUUAAGUGUAAGAUGACGGGCGACAGUUACAAGAGCAUCAACAGCACCAGGAGUUCACUCGAUUAUCUCGCUAGGAUACUGUCUAGAAAGAUCGAUAUCAUGAACAACUCUAAAGAAUCAAGAGACGUUCGCAAAUCUGAAUUGAUUAUUCAUAGUGCGGACCUCGAGGCUCUUAAAUCAUCGCAAAAGGAAGUAGCGGAUGCUGUAGACAGAUACAAGACAGAGAAGCUGGCCGAAUUGUGCUCAGCUCUGGCGUGUGAGACUCUUAGUUACGUGACGCCAAGUGACAAUGACUUUGACCAGCAGCGAGCGAACGUAGAAGCGGCAAGAGUGCGCGAAGCAUGGGCGGCAGCGCGAGACGCGUUAGGCGCUGAACUAGUGCAAGCCGAAGUAGCUCGGGCUCUGAGCCGCGCCGCGCAACUCUGCGAGGACCAACUCGAUGACGCUCGCAAAUGUCGCCUGACGAUGACGGCGCAGGACCGCGCUGACUUGGAACUGUGGUGGCAGGCGGCGCACGACCACCUGCGCUGUGAGAUGGACGUUGCCGUUAGAGACAUCGCAUCACGAUAUAGAGAAUGCCUGACCGUGGAUCGGCGCACGAAGGAGAGUUCACCUGGACUGGAUAGUCGCGUUCUGCUGCAGCAACUAGCCGAGGUCCUCGCGCAAAAGGCGCUGGUAGAUGCGCGCAUCGCGGUCGUGGAAGGCACGUACCACGCGUCGUCUCCGCAGGAAAGCGACUCACAGUCUCAGAGGUCGGACGCCAUCUCCUCGCUGGACACGGACCCGUCACAGGAGGCGGAGUUCGUGUACCUGUUCCAACACUUCUCGAACGAGUGCCGAGCGCUCUUCUCCAGUGACUGUUCGGGUAACAGUGAAGACUCGAUGAAGAUCGGCGAGAGCCUCGAGCGGGUAGAAGCGGCGGUGCUGGCCGUUCAGCGGCAGCUAGCAGGGGACGAGGGGGCCGGCGCCCCCUCUCCGUUGGCCACGACGGGGGGUUGUGAGGGGGAGGGGGGCGUGCUCGGCCGCGUGGAGGCGCUGCGACGCCGCGUCGAAGCUCUGCAAGCGCUGGUGCCCUGCCAGCACUGCAAGCAGCUGCAAGACGCGCUCGACAGGCUGCAGGCGGAGCGCGCCCGCUCGGAGUGCGCGCUCUCGCAGCAGGCGGGUGCGCUGGCGGCGGCGCGGCGUGCGCGCGCGCAGCUGGCGGCGCAGCACGAGCGGGAGCGCGCCGCGCUGCGCGAGCGAGCGCGCACGCUGCAGCGCCGCCUGGCCGCGCUCGACUCCGAGUACUCCGCGCAGCUGGACAGCCUGAGAGCCGCUUACCAGAGCGCGGUAGCAGCGGACACGCACGGCGACGGGCUGCGCGCGCGCUACCAGCAGGAGAUCGAGCAGCUGCGCGCGCUCUGCGAGAAGGGACUGCUGGCCAUGGAGAGCUCACACCGCCGCAUCGUGCGCGAGAUGGAGGAGAAGCACCGCGCCGAAAGGGAGCAGCUCAGGCUAGACAAAGAGCAAGCAUUAGCUGAAGAGACCCGCGCGACGUUAGCUGCGCUCGACGCGAUGCGGAAAGCGCAUGAGAGCGAAGUGAGGCGCGAGGUGGACAAGUUUAAGACGGAUUUCCUGAGCCGCGGCGCUGUCAGCGGGGAACUCACACAGAUCAGCUCUCGGCACCAACAAGAGAUGGAAGAGAUCAAGCGUGAGAUUCUGUCUCUCUCUGAGAAGUACUCUGUCAAGUGCGUGGAGUCAGCCGCGCUGGAGGAGAGGCUUGCCACCGCCACCGCGCAGCUUGCGCAGGCGCACAACCAUAUCAUGCAACUUGACGCCAGAAACAAACAGCUGCGCGCGCACAUAAUGUCCGAAGCCAAUGAAAUAAAAAACUCUGAGGCGUCAUCUCUCGCGCAGCUCAUCGAAGACACUGGGCCGCAUGGGAGGGCGGAGGCGCCGCUCUGGGCGCACCUGAGACACCUGGCCGCCGCCUGGCAGCGCGUCGGCAACACAGGGGAAGUCGUCAAGACAGAGCCCGCUGGUGGAGGCUGCGCGGGCGGCGCGGCCCAAGAUCCAGUUCGCAAGCACCGAGAACACGCGCACGCUGCGGCAGCCCGUUCAGAACUGAAGCAAGCACGUCGUUGCUCGGACGGCGGUCGGACGACUGUCGCCCCACUAGUGGGCAUGGUCGCUGAGCGGAAGAAGCGCUUCGAACUUUAGACGUCUGCAACGCUACUAGUAUAGUAAAGCGCUGAAUACGCUUCAAAUGCAUUCGAUGUUUUACACUGGCAAAUUGUAAAUUCGAAAGGUAAAGAGACUUGUCUAAGAAUGUAAAUCUAUUUAAUUUGCGCGUGUUAUAGUUUGAAAUUGAUGAAGUAAUGUAUGUUUGGUGAAAACGUGAACAGUCUCUAUAAUCUUGUCAAUGUUGAAUCAAACGAAAUUCAACAAGGAACUGUAUUCAGAGCUUACUAAACUUAGUAAUAUGCAACCCACCACGCUAGCACCUGGCCACUUUGCUUUCUUACUUGAAAGACACAUCCAUUUUAAAAUGAUAGACGUAUUUCUACCGUUUAGCAAGAUAUGCUUAAUUCAAACAGUUAUAAACACAUGUAUCACAAAUUUAAUAUUUAACUAUGUACUAAGUAUUAUUAAUAUUAAUGCUAUUUAUGUGUGUUUGUGUUCAUGACAGUAUACCCAACAGAUGUAACGUAGAGGGUAGUUUUAGAUAUAAAGACAAGUAGCUGUGGAAUUAGAAGGUGGUUCCUAUCUGGAAAGAAUGAUGAAAGUAACUGAUUUCACAACUGCGUUAUUAAUAUAUAAAAAACAUAUUCGUAUUAUAGAUAAACUUACCUCCAAAUACUUCAAUAUUAUUUAAAAUCUUCAUACAAAUGUGAAGGUCGUACGAUUAUAAAACACAUAUUGAAAUAUUCAGAGGUAAGUAACAUUUUUAUUAUAGACAUAUUUUAUAUUCUAAGACCAAAUAUAACCCUUUCUAGAAGUGGCCAGACUUUUUAACUCCCACCAACAACACAACUGUAUAUUCACAUUUAAUCAUUGUUUUUAUUUUAAUUUUACCUGUAGAUUGUAAAUUACUUUUACUUUUAUCUUUUCCUGUUAGUUCAACUCACUUAUUGUCUAUCCUUUUUUAUAUUUAAACGGACUUUUCCUUUAGUUCCCUUUUGUAACUAAUUUUCCUUAUAAGUUAGCUUUAGAGAAUUCGGUUAGUGAUGUGUUUUAUAAAACUUGUAUAAAAAAAUGUAUAACAUGUUUUUUUGUGUAAAUACUAACGGUCCCCGCGCCUUAAUCAUUUGUUUUCUAGUGCACAGUACUGUCCACUUAUCUUUAAGAAUUGUUACCAAAUAUUUCGUAUUUAUAUUACACUUCACUUUAUCGGGCGUUUUCGAGAUUGUGCGAGCAUUGCUGCCUUAGUAUUGUCCAAUACUACAUCAAACAAGCAAUGCCUCGUGCAGUAUCCUCUAAAUAUUUAUGUAAACGAGCCCUUAUAUCUUUGUAGAUUUAAUCAUAGUGACUUACGUUAAUAUACGGAAUAUGGGAGAUAUAUGUAGAGUUUUAAAGCCGAUUAUAUAAGCGUGUUUUACAUAGCUACGUUCCGUUACAAAAGUUACAACGUCGAAAAUAUUUUUUCAAGAAAAAUAUUAUUGUCGCGGCCUGUAACUCUUCUAACGAACAAAUAUUUAUAGAGGCAUAUUAUAUUGUUUUUUUUUUAAUCAUUAACACAUUAUUUAGUGCGUUGAAGUUGACAUUUUUCAGUUUAUCUCUGACACCUAACCUUGUGUGUUAAUUUAUUUUUAUUUGUUACCAUGUUUUCACUGGGCAUUCACUGUCUUCCAGGCUUUCACUUUGUUGUGUAUAGUGUGUCACUACCCUAACAAAGUCGCGAAUCGAACUGUGGUAUAAACCUGGGAACACACAGGACUAGUAGUGAAAUCACUAUUUGACUAUAUUGGAAUAAUGACUUCUAGAAUAUUCUAGACAUUUAUUUAUAAGUGUGUCCCCAGGUUUACCGCCACUGGCGUCUAUUUAUCGUAUUGCUCAAUGUUAUCUAGUUUCAUUAAAUUUUAAACAUGAAAUACCAAAUUUGAUCGCAUUGUAUUUACGCGCUUGACACUUAGAUUACGCGGCAAAAAUGAAAAUUAACUUAAUGUUAAACUCCCUCUCGUCUGAGUUGACCCUUGUAAAGUGUUGGUUUAUAACAAAGAUUUUUAAAAUAAACUACUUAAUACAA